GUCGGAGAUCAAACGUACACUCAGGUAACUGUAAUCAUAGUUCUCUUCGACCUCGGAUGACCUAGGAAAAAGCGAUUCCUCGUAUUUUUCCCAUGGAUAUUGAAAAAUCCCUGAUGACACUGUUGGAAUAGAAGAAGUAUGUAGGUUUCCUUGUUAGCAAGAGUACUAACACGAGGACACUCCAGGUGGUAAACAAAGGCUUUUCUUCAGUGAUAUGUAUCCAAGAAUGUUAAGGCCACGUGGACAUGUGAAAAUGAAACCCAAGGCAGCACAGUCGUCACCUACAACAAAACUAAAAGAUGAAUUGAAUGGGGGUGGAUACAAACAAGGUUCUAUUCGACAUUUUAAAAGUUCCUGCUACGAGGAUAAUGUUCCAAAAGAAGAUUCUUUGUCGCUCUCUGCCGACAUCAGGGAUUUGUCGUUUGCCGAGUUGUCAUUUGAAUCCAAUGUUCCGUUUCAAAAGUCAAUUCAUUCCGAUUACAGUUUAUGUUCUUAUUCUGAUACGGCCUCAACGAGCGCGGAAAUUGGUGGGUCGUAUUUUGACUUCAAGAAUAUUAAUUCUAAUGAAAGUAGUGACAAUCGUUCAAAAGAUAGUGAACCCAAUCUAAAUGAACUAGAAGAGAUUGUGGAUACAUUCGGGGAGUAUGAUGAAAUAGAUGGCUUCGCGUUUCGCUCUUUUACGACGAUGGAUGACCUGGAAAAGUUUGUGUCUAGAAGCGCAUCCUAUCAAGCGACGUUUCUAACAAGUUCCCAUUCUCUUCCUCAAGGGAAAGACACGUCAUAUUGUCGAACAGCUGGACCAUCAUCUCCAGACUUCCUGAGAGAAAGUACUGGCAGGAUUGAUGCUUCAUUUCGCUCCCUUUCAGUGGAACCUUAUUGCGAAGACUAUGAGGUACCUCGUCGAGAAAUUUUAAAUAAGCGGCAAUUUCUAGACGAAUGCGAGAAGCGAUUUUGCAAUAUGGGUUGUAUUUGCGAUAGCUUGAUUUCAGCUAAACCGCCAUUAACGCAUUGUAACCACCCGGAAUGUAUGUGCCAUGAUGUAUGUGUUUACAAGUCCAGCAUUAGACAUCAUAUGUCGUCUUCGUUAACUGAGUGCGAAACGUGCCGAGAAUUUUCUGAAUAUGAUUUAUCACUCAUUGAGCAGUUUCUGCCACAACAGUGGCCAAACUUAAAAAAAGAACUUUUAUUACAAAAGAACAUUAUCCAUCAGCUGCAGCUUCAGCUAAAUAUCAAACAACUUGAAUUCAAUCAGUUGAAAAACCAGCUUGUGAAUAAUGCUAUGGUUAAAAAAUCCGCCAUCCUACGCCCUGUACUGACGAGAAAAAAUGUGGGAUUCCCCUCGAUGAAAAAGAUCAAGACAAAAAUGGAGGCAAGGGCGAAGGCAAAGGUGGGGAAUAAAGAAGAGACAAAGGUGGCCAAACGCUUACAUGUGAACGGACAUUACGUGGACUCGCUUCCGUUUGAUGAAAGGGUCCUUGACAGACUUUCUGAAAACAUGUCCGUCACAUCAUUUAUCCGACAUCUAAUGCGGGACAUGUUCACCGAAGAUUAUCUGUCAUCAAGCAGUUCUAAAUGGAUGAAAGAGGAACAUAAAGCUGCCAUAAUAGACGCCACCAUGAAGAGAUUCCACAUCUAUUAUCGGAGAAACGGCAGUUCUAUUCCACUGACUGUUGAAAUGGUCAAGCAAGUGAUAAAAUCCGAAUUCAACGUGAAACAAAGCAGGGAAAGGAUGAAUAGUAAAAAGCGAUCGUAGGAAUUCUGUGCCUUUGGUUCAAAAGUUCCAGUUUUACUGUGAGGUCUGUGGUACCACAACAUCCCCAUGUUGUCCGUUACUUUGUAUGAGGUCGUUGGUAUGAAAAAUGGGCCAAUGCUGUUCUCUUUGUCUUUUCGGUUCCGUCGUUUGAAGAUUCAUUUGAAAGCAGUUUCCGGUAACAUAACUAGAAAUCAUUUUAUUUUUCGUCAAUAACUGUUAGUAUAUAUCACUAGCCUCCAAUCCCUGCUAUACCGUCUACCUUUUUCUCCCAAGGAAACUUGAAACAUUUAACUUGAUUUUAACUAGUGUCAUUGAUAAAAAAUGACUCUUAAAUACCUUCUUAUUAAUUGGAAAAUCUUGAUCGUAUUUUUCAUUUAAAAUUUCUGGCA